CUUGCGACCUUGCUCGGAUCUUCUGCCUCUUCGCUAUUUCAACACUGCAACUGAUACCUUGCGUAUCUUUCUUGUCAACACUUUCAUUCAACAUCUUCUAGGACUCUCUCGCCUACGAGAAUGAGCCGAAAGCUCGCCCCCGAAGCCAAUCGGAUUCUCUUCGUCAAGAACCUUAACUACAACAUAACAGCAGAGCAACUGUUUGACCUGUUUGGCAAAUUUGGCCCCAUUCGCCAAAUUCGCCAGGGUAUCGCCAAUACCUCCAAGGGAACCGCAUUCGUUGUCUACGAGGACGUUCACGACGCCAAACAGGCAUGCGAUAAACUCAAUGGUUUCAACUUCCAGAACAGAUACUUGGUCGUCUUGUAUCAUCAGCCAGAGAAGAUGGUCCGUACGAAAGAGGACAUUACGGAAAGGCAGGAGAAUUUAGAAAGGCUCAAACAGCAACACGGGAUAGAAUGAUGUGACGAAUUCUUUUUCUCUUCCCUCUGCUAGCAUUUAGCUGCGCAUGGUAUUGCAAUGGCUGUACCAUUCACUCGCGGCUUGGUUGAGGGGUUUCCGGCGUUUUUAUUCCCUGGGUAUUUUUUUUCUUAUUUCAGAGGGUUUGAUGGUGGGCGAGGCUGGUUCUGGUCGUCAUAUAUUGACCCAGAAAUGAUGCGAACAACACGCCGGCGAGACUGAUUUCUUCUUAUGUUUAUUCUAUUUAACCAUUACUACUAUUACUCUCUUCGUCAAUUUGACCCUCCACUUUGCUCCAAC